AUGGCAGAUCCGUUCCUAGAGACCGGCAACCCGCUAGAGUUGGAGGUGACUCGGCUUACGCAGGAGAACCGCGAGCUUCGUCAAGAGAACGCAAGGCUCCGAGCGCGGAUUAGUUUAACCGCCACUCCCUCAGCAACACCAUCAAAUGCUCUCAGCGAGCGAGCCUCGGUGCGCAGCGUUGUCGAUGCGAUCGCUGCCCCCGUCGGAGCCUCACUGGGGGCAAAGUCGACGGACAAGCCCGGUCACGCACUUUCACACAGCUCCACACGAGCGGAAACGAAGUCCACUCAAAAGCAGCAUCAGCAGCAGGCUGUGUCUACCGCGCGCAUUGAGGAAGCGGUUCAACGAGUCAAGAAGGAGCUACACGGAGAGGUGGAGAAGUACCAGAAGGUGGCGGAGGUAAAGGCAUCGCAGAUGGAGCAGCUCAAGCAGCAAUUCGAGCUGUUCGUCACGGCCACCUGCGAACGCGAGGCGGCGUACGAGCUGGUGUACAUGCAGGUGUUUCGUGACUUGGAAGAGCAGAGAUCUCUGGUGCGAGCUGCGCAGGCGCAGCUGGAGGUGCAGCGACUAGAAGCGGUCAAGAUGCACACGUCGCUGCAGGCCGCCGUGACACCCUCAAAGCACGGCACCUUGGCCUCCUCAUCGCCGAAUCCACCCCCCAAGACUGAGGAUGUCGCAGUGGCGUCCUCAUCUUCUGCGGUGCGGCCAGCUAAAAGGACUCGCACUGGCAAGAUCGCUACGCACAUCGACGAUAGUAAUAAGUCCAAUGCAACGGAAUCGCAUGUCACUCAGGAGGAUGUGGUGGAGGUGCAGCAGGAAGUCACUGCAUCUGAGCCCAAAGCGACGCCCGAGCCGCGGCAGCUGAGGAUCGUCUUGGGCGGUGCAGCUCUUCGUGCUGACAGCAAGAGCACUCAGCUCAAGCGUCCGCGUGCCAACUCCGCCGUGAGCGUGCCUUCGGCGACUCGCUCGACACGCGCGAGACAAAGCGCCGCCUUUACGCAGCUGCAUAUACCCGUUGCUCCGGUGUUUGCCGCUGCUUCUGUAGGCACAGCUAGCGGCGCAGUGGAACCCGCUGAGACAUCCUCUCUAGAAACGGCCGCGGCCGCGUCCCCCGCUGCUGCCUCCGCAUCAUCCCCAGCACAGCAAACAGCAGGGAAUGCUCUGGGCGAUCUGUGGGCGCUCCUCGCCCGCCACACUGAAGCCACUCGUGGUUUCCUGCCUCUGUGGCAGCAUCUUGCCCACCUCCGCGGUCCAGACCGCUUGGCUGCGCUGCGGGUUAUGAUCUCACUUCUGCUUCAGCUGCUGGGUCCUGCUGAUGCAGCGCUGCCGCUUGUCUUGCCUGCAUCGCUCUCGACCUCUGCCGGCGCCCCGCCCACCUCUAUCACGGUGUUGGCGACGGCAAUUCGCCUCCUGGAGGUGCAGCUCGAAAGUGAGAUGCAACAACAGCGCGGCGCCGCCGUGAGCCGCACUGACGCAACCGCCCAGCAGUGCUCCACGCUAUUUCGCUCUCUUUUCUACCGCCUCUGUGUAGCGACGCUGCGACGAUGGCAGACUGCCGAAGCUGAGGUUGACGCAGUGGAUAACUGGGCGACGGCGCUCGUUCACUUGUACGGCUUCCAGCCCGCCUUGUCAAAACUUGCACAGUACACCAACUCCACCAUUGCCUACGAGCGCCCACGCCUCGCGCACGGCUGGAUCACGUACACAGCUCAGGCCAUCUUUGCGCAAUGCUUCACAUCAUCACCCACGUCAUCCGCCGAGGUAGCAGUAGGGCGCUGGCGGGAGCUGUGCGAAAGCAUCGGGUGGAGCCCACAUUCCCUGCCACUGGAGCGACUAGAAACGGCAGCGGCGCGCUGCGUCGCGCGAACGCGAGUGGGUCUGGGCUCUUUCACCGCUGUGUGCGCUGAAGAAGCACUGCUCUCGCUCCGUCUCGUUGUUCUUUACCGAGGCUUUGACCACAUGAAGCGCAUUGCGACGCUGCUGGAACUACCGGGAGUGCUGCCGAUGGCGAUCACGAAGGAGAUUUAUGCGGAGCUAGUGAGCUUGGCAGUGAUGGAUCGAGCUCCGUUUCGCACCGCCGAUGCUCUUCAGCACGCUCUGCGUUUGCUGAGGGAGUACGUGCAGGAGGUUUCUCCAGAGCGCUGCACUUCGGCAGAGCACUUCGUGAGCGUGCCACGUCUCAGCCACCUACUGGCGACGCUGGCGCUGCUGCGCGUGGAGUCUACGGAUACCACAGCCACCGCACGAGGGACCGAAACUGACUCUCUGAUCGGCAAGGCUGUGCAGGAGAGUCGCCAGACCGCCCUUCGAUGGCUCCAUGCGCAGAAGGUGGCUCUUAACAUGGUGUGUCAGAGCACCACGUUUGCGCACGACCGCCAGCUGCUUCUCCGAGACACCGUUCUGGGUCAGCGCCUCUUAAGCGACGCGUGCACAACGGUGCAUUUCUAG